AUGAACACACGCCUCCUUCACCUGAGAGUGACAUCAUCACCUCCCACUGACACCUGCCGGCAGAAAGGAAACUACGGAGGCCCCAGAGGGUCAAGUGAUGACAGUAAUAUCUGUCACAACGUGGCCGAACGUAAACAUGUCAUUGUCUCACCUGUAACAAAAACAGGUGUCGUCAGACAGGUGUGUUUCCUGACCAGGUGUGUUCCCUGUGCAGGUGUAUUUCCUGUCCAGGUGUGUUCCCUGUCCAGGUGUAUUUCCUGUCCAGGUGUGUUCCCUGUCCAGGUGUGUUUCCUGUCCAGGUGUGUUUCCUGUCCAGGUGUGAUUCCUGUCCAAGUGUGUUUCCUGUCCAGGUGUGAUUCCUGUCCAAGUGUGUUUCCUGUCCAGGUGUGUUUCCUGUCCAGGUGUGUUUCCUGUCCAAGUGUGUUUCCUAUGCAGGUGUGUUUCCUAACCAGGUGUGAUUCCUGUUCAGGUGUGAUUCCUGUCCAAGUGUGUUUCCUGUGCAGGUGUGAUUCCUGUCCAAGUGUGUUUCCUGUCCAGGUGUGUUUCCUGUCCAGGUGUGUUUCCUGUCCAGGUGUGAUUCCUGUGUCUGUAUGUUAA